UUUUUUCAUUUCCUUUGGAAUAAUACACAGCCCAUAUUAUUAUUAUUUCACUUGGGGUGUACAACAACUUCAACUUUCUCAUCAUCUUUCCUAGCACUACUAGAGAUAGAUAUAGAGAGAGGAAAAAACCCAAAAGGGCAAAAAAGAAAAAAAGAGAAAGGAAAAAGGGGAGAAGAGAAAAAAAAAAAAAGGAAGGAAAAAACGAAAACCCACUUCUUGUUUUCCUCUCUUGAUUUCUAUGGAUCCAUGGAUCUGAUGGUCUCUUGACCAUAACAGCUUCUUCCUCUUCGUCUUCUUCUUCUUUCCAGAUCCUUCUUCCUUUUCUGAAUUUUCUUCCAAGGAUCAGUCAAAAUUAUUGGCUUUUACAAUUGAAGGAGCUGAGAAGUAGAGGAGAAUAGAUAAUUGUGAUAAUAUUUGUUGUUUCUUAAAAGUCCUUAUUUACAUGUGGAGAAUUUGGAUGGUUGUUUGGGUGAAAUGAGGGAUGUUAUCGGAGUUAAUGAACUUCUUGAGGGCCUGUUUUCGGCCGAGGUCGAAAGGGUAUGUUCACACGAAUUCAGAUUCCGGUGGUCGCCAAGACGGGCUUUUGUGGUACAAGGAUUCGGGGCAGCACUUCAAUGGUGAAUUCUCCAUGGCCGUGGUGCAGGCCAACAACCUGCUUGAGGAUCAGAGCCAGAUUGAGUCUGGCUGUUUGAGCUCCCAUGAGACUGGUCCGUUCGGUACUUUUGUCGGGGUCUAUGACGGGCACGGAGGGCCCGAGACGUCACGAUACAUCACCGAUCACCUCUUUCAGCAUCUUAAGAGGUUUACUUCGGAGCAACAAUCUAUGUCUACUGACGUAAUACGAAAGGCAUUUCAAGCAACGGAAGAUGGGUUUUUGUCCCUUGUCACGAGACAGUGGCCUAUGAAACCACAAAUUGCAGCUGUUGGAUCAUGCUGCCUUGUUGGUGUUAUUUCUGGUGGAACCCUUUACAUUGCCAACCUAGGGGAUUCCCGUGCUGUUUUGGGAAGAGCUGUGAAGGCAACAGGGGAGGUUCUCUCCAUCCAGUUGUCUUCAGAGCAUAAUGCAAGUAUUGAAUCUGUGAGGCAGGAACUGCAGUCUGCGCAUCCUGAUGAUUCGCAGAUUGUUGUUUUGAAGCAUAAUGUAUGGCGUGUGAAGGGCCUUAUACAGAUUUCUAGAUCCAUUGGUGAUGUGUAUUUAAAGAAGGCUGAGUUCAACAGGGAGCCUCUUUAUGCCAAGUUUCGUCUUCGUGAACCGUUUAAAAGACCUAUAUUGAGCUCCGAACCAUCAAUUACGGUCCACCAAUUGCAGCCCGUUGAUCAGUUCAUUAUAUAUGCAUCCGACGGGCUUUGGGAACACCUUGACAAUCAGGAAGCAGUUGAUAUAGUUCAAAACCAUCCACGUAGUGGAAGCGCAAGGAGGUUGGUGAAAGCCGCUCUACAAGAAGCCGCAAAGAAGAGGGAAAUGAGGUACUCAGACUUGAAGAAAAUAGACCGGGGCGUACGGCGCCAUUUCCACGACGACAUCACUGUGAUUGUCGUGUUUCUCGACUCGAAUCACGUGAGCAGGGCUAGCUCUGCCAAGUUCCCUAAUAUAUCAGUAAGAGGGGGCGGAAUCAACCUGCCGCCCAACACUCUAGCCCCUUGUGGUACGCCAACUGAAGCUGGCAAUACCUGAAUCUGAUUAGGCUGUUGUGUAUCUUAUGAUCCCAUCUGUUGUAUUAUUCUCUUGUGUGAAUACCAGGUAGCUUCAGAAAGAGAUAUGGACAAAAGGAGCAGGCCUUCAAAUUCUUUAUUGUAUACUGUAACUUUUUUAACUGGAAAAACUAAUACUUGCCUUUUAGCCUUGAGAAAAGAACUUUAAGGUGACAGUAAUAGUAGUUGUUUCCUCGGCACGAUUCCUUUUCUUUCCA